AUGUCUAGUGCGAUUGAAAAAGAAAAGAAGAAAGAUUCCGGAGGUGAAUUAUCAAAUCAGUCACCUUAUGGCUUACCAUUUGGGCGAAUGCCGAGCGCACCGAUGGAUGCUCGCUCUAUGUCACCUACUUAUGCAGCAUUUGUCAUGCAGCAAGCUGCUCAGUCUAUGUCGCCAGGCUUCGAUAUGUACAGGAAUUUCCCUUUUGGGCCUGCUUCUCCAAGCUCCAUAUUUCAUUAUUUUCGUUGUAGUUUUGUUAAUUUAAAAAUUAUACAGAAUGCGGCUGCAGCAGCUGCCACAUCACCGCAGCAUCCGCUGAAUUCGAUAAACCAAAUGCGAUUACCUCAGAUGGGAUCACCUAUCGCAUCAAUGGCUAGUAAUUUAGCUCAGCAGCCGAGCAGUAAUUCGAGGGGCAGUGCAAAUCCCACUAAAACUUCAAAGAAUGAAAGUAAACAGCCGAAAGUAAAAGAACAGCACAUCAAAAAGCCUUUAAAUGCAUUUAUGUGGUUUAUGAAAGAGAAUAGACCAAAACUAAUGGAGGAAUUAGAUUAUAAAGAAAGACAAAGUGCUGAACUCAACAAAGAACUUGGCAGGAGGUGGCAUGACUUACCAAAAGAAGAACAGCAAAGGUAUUACGAGCUUGCAAAAACUGAUCGUGAGCAGCACAUGCAGAAGUACCCUGGCUGGUCAGCUCGGGAAAAUUAUGCAAUUAAUAAAAAGAAAAAGCGGAAACGAGAUAAAUCUGUCGAUAAUGGUGAACAAAAGAAGUGUCGAGCUCGAUUUGGUGUCGUGAAUCAAGACCAGUGGUGCAAGCAUUGUAAACGAAAAAAGAGAUGUCUUUGGUAUCGAGAGGCAUCUUCACCAGUUGCAGUAGUAUCUUCGACAACACCGGGAACCCCAGGCACACCAUCUUCAUUAUCUGGAGCAAUUGCCGGUGGUGGUACAAUUAGUGGUCGUGAUACUGAUUCUGAGAGCGAUAUGGAUGCUGUUGCCGCUGCUGCUGCUGCUGCUGCCGCUGUCGCUGCCGAGAGAUCUCGGUCGAUGAUAAGCCAGGUACUACCGAAUAAGCAGCAAACUACUAUUCUUAUUUGCUUCCACCAGUAUAUUUAUAGUUUGUUAAGCUCCUGGUUUAAAAUAUGA